AGCUCCCCCGAGAUUCCGCGGCCCGUGGAAGCCCCGCCCAGGGCGAUGGCCACGGCCUGAGCUGCCCACGCCAACUGCUCCGCCCAUCCAGCCCAUGGGCUCCCCAAGGCCCCCCUGCGGACGCGAAGAAACGUCGCGGCCGCGAUGGCGGCGGCCGACGUGGAGGGGGACGUGUACGUGCUGGUGGAGCACCCCUACGAGUACACGGGCAAGGACGGGCGCCGGGUGGCCAUCCAGCCCAACGAGCGCUACCGCCUGCUGCGCCGCAGCACCGAGCACUGGUGGCACGUGCGGCGCGAGCCCGGCGGCCGCCCCUUCUACCUGCCCGCGCAGUACGUGCGGGAGCUGCCCGCGCUCGGCGACCCCGCGCCCGCCCCGCCGUGCCCGGCGCCGGCCCCGAGCCCCGCGAUCGUCGUCCCCGAGCCGCUGGCCUACGACUACCGCUUCGUGAGCUCGCCCGCGCCCCCCGAGCCCCGGGGCCGCGCGGGCUCCCUGGGCGUCCCGUCGCGGCGGCGGCGCCCCGCGGCGCCCCAGCGGAGCAGCCUGGCCCCGGGCCUGGCCCCCGCCUGCCUGUACACGCGGCCCGCGGCGCCCGUGCGGCCCGCGCAGUCCCUGGACGACCUGGCACGCGCCGCCGCCGCGCCUCCGGCCGGCCUGCUAGGGAGCGGCGGCGGCUUCAAGGCCUGCAGCGUGGCCGGCUCGUGGGUGUGCCCCCGGCCCCUGGCGCGCAGCGACUCCGAGAACGUCUACGAGGCCAUCCGGGAUGUGCGCCCCGAGCAGGUGGGCGACAACAAGGAGCCCGUGUAUGCCAACAUCCAGAGGCAGCCUCCGGCCACACCGCCCGCGCCCGACCCUGAUCCAGCCCCAGCUCCAGCCCCAGCCCCAGCACCCCCACCCGGCCCGGUGUGGGAGACACACACGGACGCGGACACGGGGCGGCCCUACUACUACAACCCUGACACGGGCGUGACCACCUGGGAGUCCCCCUUCGAGGCUGCCGAGGGCGCCGCCAGCCCAGCCACGUCCCGGGCCUCGGUGGGCAGUCACGAGAGCCUCAGCACCGAGUGGGGUCAGUACUGGGAUGAGGAGAGCCAACGGGUGUUCUUCUACAACCAGCUGACGGGCGAGACUGCCUGGGAGGACGAGGCGGAGCGCGAUCCCGCCACCUGCGAAGCCGCGGAAGAGCCCCAAGAAGAGGCGGAGAUGCAGCAGGGACUGAGCAGUCCCCGGGACCAGAGGCCUCCUACCCCUGAGACCGACUACCCCGAGAUGCUCGUCAAUUAUCCGGAGGAGGACUAUUCCCCAGUGGGCUCCUUCAGUGAGCCGAGCCCCAAUUCUCCCUUUGUCGCUCCCCCUGGCUGGUCUUGCCACACUGAUGCCGAUGGGCAGAUAGUCUACACCAACCACUUCAGCCUAGAACAGUGGGUGAGAGUGGAGGACCACGGGAAGCCUUAUUUCUACAACCCGAGUGACUCUUCUGUCUCUUGGGAGCUGCCCCAGGUCCCCAUCCCUGCCCCACGGUGCAGCCCCAGAUCCAGCCAGGACAGUGAGAGCCCAGCGCAGCCCAGGCCACCUGAAGAAAAGGUCAAGACCCUGGACAAGGCUGGUGUGCUUAAUCGCACCAAGACAGCAGACAAGGGCAAGCGACUCCGGAAGAAGCACUGGAGCGCUUCCUGGUCUGUGCUGGAGGGAGGAGUUCUGACUUUCUUCAAAGACUCCAAGAGCUCCUCAGCCGGUGGUCUGAGGCAGCCCUCCAAGCUCUCCACCCCUGAGUACACAGUGGAGCUGAAGGGAGCCUUGCUCUCCUGGGCCCCCAAAGACAAAUCCAGCAAGAAGAAUGUGUUGGAGCUGCGGAGCCGAGAUGGCUCUGAAUACCUGAUCCAGCAUGACUCAGAGGCCAUCAUCAGUAACUGGCACAAGGCUAUUGCCCAAGGCAUCCAGGAGCUGUCUGCAGACCUCCCGCCCGAGGAGGACCACCGGGAGAGCAGCCCAGUGGCGGACUUCGGGUCUAGUGAGCACUUGGGGAGCUGGAGAGAAAAGGAGGAGCAGCAGAGUGCAGCUGGCCUCGCCCUGGGCCCCGGAGGCCUGGAAAGCGACCUACACCGAGUCCGGCUCAAGCUGCGCAAGUUCCUGCAGAGGCGGCCCACGCUGCAGGCUCUCCGGGAGAAGGGCUACAUCAAAGACCAGGUAUUCGGGUGUCCACUAGCCGAGCUGUGCGAGCGCGAGAAGAGCCCGGUGCCACGCUUCGUGCAGCAGUGCAUCCGGACGGUGGAGGCCCGAGGCUUGGACAUCGAUGGGCUGUACCGCAUCAGCGGGAACCUCGCCACCAUCCAGAAGCUGCGCUAUAAGGUGGACCACGAUGAGAAGCUGGACCUGGACGAUGGGCGCUGGGAGGAUGUCCACGUCAUCACUGGAGCCCUGAAACUCUUCUUCCGAGAGCUGCCUGAACCUCUUUUCCCCUUCUCGCACUUUCGACAGUUCAUCUCGGCCAUCAAGCUGCAGGACCAGGCUCAACGCAGCCGCUGUAUGCGCGACCUGGUGCGCUCCCUGCCAGCCCCUAACCACGAUACGCUCCGGCUGCUCUUCCAGCACCUGUGCAGGGUGAUCGAGCACGGGGAGGAGAACCGCAUGUCGGUACAGAGCGUGGCCAUCGUGUUCGGGCCCACGCUGCUGCGGCCCGAGACGGAGGAAGGCAGCAUGCCAAUGACCAUGGUGUUCCAGAACCAGGUGGUGGAGUUCAUCCUGCAUCAGUGUGCUGACAUCUUCAGGCCGCACUGACCUCG